AUGGUGAACACGAUAUCGCAAAACGGUGAUUUACAGGUGAUUGGCGGCGAACGGUCGGACCAUUUAAUUCCAGUGCCGUUGAGCAGCGCGCCCACUGACCAAGCAAUUCGCGUCGUCAAGGCGUUCCAGGCGGGACUCGAUCGUCGUGAGCCGAGUUUGACGGGACAAACGGCGUUGCGACUUCGCGAGAUUAGUCGACAACUCAGAUUGCAGGUCGACAGUGAAAACAGAGCUCGUUCAUCGUCUCGCGGAAAUAUCAAAGAAACGAACAACCUUUAG